AAAAGUAAUCUGUCCUUUGGUUGGUAGAUGAAAUACAUUUGUUUUGUUAAUCUAAAUUAAAUUGUAAAAAUAUAUUUAAAUAAAAAGUUGAGGUUUAUUAGUGCAUUAAAGUGUUUAAUUUAAUUAUUUGUUUAAUUAUCUACUCGUUGGACUUCUUUUUCAUUUAUAGACAAGUUUCAGAUAGUAUAAAAUGGAGCAAAUUCUACAUCAAGUGGCCAAGAAUGUGGAGAAACAGCUGGAUGAUGAGAUUGAACGUCUGGAGCAGAUGGACAGUGCAGACUUAGAGGCGAUCAGGCAGCAGCGCCUCAACGAGAUGAAGCAGCGCGCCAAGAAGAAGCACGAGUGGUUGGCCAAUGGCCAUGGGGAAUACUCUGAGCUGGACGGCGAGAAAGAGUUCUUCACUGCCUGCAACAAGAGCGAAAAUGUGGUUUGCCACUUCUACCGCGGUGGGGCGGAGCGGUGCCGGAUACUCGACAUGCACCUGAAGGCGCUCGCCGCCAAGCAUGUGGAGACCAGGUUCGUGAAGCUGGACGCGGAGCGGGCGCCGUUCCUCACCGCUCGCCUGAAGAUCCGCGUAAUCCCCACGCUGGCGCUGGUACGCGAGAACAAGACCAAGGACUUUGUGGUCGGCUUCACCGAGCUGGGCAACAGGGAUGACUUCACCACAGAGAUGCUGGAGUGGAGGCUCGCCAGGUCAGAAGUAAUAGAGUACAACGGGGAUCUCACGGUGCCGCCAGCGGAGGCCCGCAGGCAGCGAGCCCUGCACGUGCAGAGCAAGAAGACCAUCAGGGCCAAGCAGGACGACGACUCAGACCUGGACCUCAGCGACUGAUCCUCUGGAGGCGCGACCAUUACCAUGUAUACACCGAUACCAUCGAGAUAAUAGUAAAUAACGUAUGUACAUACGUACUAGUAGGCGUGGAAAUAUCGAUACCGACCUAAUAUCAAUACAUAUAAUAAAAUCGUAACUGGUCGCUGUCUGUACAUGGAAGAUAUAUAAGAAAAUCUAUUAUGAAAUUUAUGAACGCAAUACAAUUCAAAAUAAUUGAUUUGUAGAAUUUUUGUUUGUUUGUACGUUUGUGCAUGCUGUUCAGCCUUUAACUGUCCACUUGGGGGGUUUUGCCAGUAGGUGCUACGCUUGGCAGGCAUAUUGGCAACUACAGUUAGGUUUUAGGGAUGUUUUAAGAUGGACAUUAGUGUCCAUCCUUCGCCCUUCCUUAAUUGACUCAUACAAUAUCCACGAGAAAGGAUGGAGUGGUUUAUUUUAUGCUAGGACCAUAUGAUCAAACUUAUUAUAGAUACAAACAAUUACAAGAAAAUAUUACACUGAGAAAACAAUGGGUGGCCUUAUCGCUAAAAGCGAUCUCUUGCAGGCAACCUUUGCAUGGAGAGGAGUAAUUAUAAACGCAUAUUAUGCAGCACAUUUAUUAUGGUACAACUCAGUUGGGUGACACCCUAAGAAACGGGAAUUACAUAGUAGGAAUGAUAAAAUAAAAACAGUAAAUCAUAUGGUAGUCUUCUUUCUUCUUAUGCUAAUAUAAUUAGUAAAAAGAGGACGAAAGAUACAUCAUCAGUUGCUAUUUUUCUCAAUUCACAGCAGCCUAGUGUACAGAAAAUGUGUGUGUAAAAUUUUUGUUCAUUUUAAUAUGUCAAUUAUUUUUCAAUAACAAAUGUUACAUUACUAGAUUAUAUAUUCGGCACAGUUUAUGUAGAAAGUACGCGAGCAGGUUGUAUCUGUAUUUGUUACGGUUAUACGGCCAAUAAAACCAAGUGACAUAUCUUGAUUAAUUUGAUUACUAUGAAUUAUUCAAAAGGCAGAUGCAUUUUUAUAUGUCUAUCCCUCUCUAAUGUAUUGGCAAUGUCAUAAAUACAGCGAGCAAUACACUAUGUGAAUUACGCAUUCCAUCUAUUCUAUUCCGAAAUCUUUGGUGACACCCAACUUUAUCUUAUCACUAUUUUUUUUUAUAUAUUCCUGUAAUUUAAGUUCAGUUGUGAGCUCGAUUUAUAUUUAUUGAGUGAAUGGUGCUAUAUUGUACAUAAAGAAGAUUAUUUGGAUGCUUCAAUACAAUAUAUUUAUGUAAUCUGUGUGGUUAAGAAGCCUCUUACACGAAUCAUUACAUGAUUUCUUGUCCAUAACUGCAUAAUCUGUCUGUAUGCCGGUGUAAGAAUCUGUCUGCAGGAUAAGUAUUUGUUUUGUAUACAUAAAUCCUUAUCAUGAAGUCUACAGCAGGGUUUUUAAGCUUUUUUUUACAUUUUUGUUGUGUUACCAUGUUAAACUCGUAGUGUUGCUAGAACAGUUGUAUGUGAAGAGAAAAAGUGUGUGUAUGAUAGAUAAAUUAAUGCUUGUAUUAUAUUAUAGCUAAUAAAUGUUUUAUACUA